CAGAUUGUCUAAAAAAAAUCGUGGAUGGUAUUAUACUGUCAUGAAUAGCUCACUGGAAGGUCGUUUGCUAAAGUUUUAUUACAGUUGUUUAGAAGCAUUAGAUAAAUGUUAUUCUCACAGAUGUGAAACGGAUUUCUAGAUAUUUCGUUAAUAACAUAAUUUAAAGAAUUUAUGGAAAUAUGCGUGUGUGAUGCCAUAAUAUGAAAUUUGUCGAAAUAUUAUGAUGCUUUUUUAUUUUCAAAUAUUACAGUGAUUAAUUGAAUAAAAUUGCAUGAUCUCAAACAGAAAUUGAAUACAAGGUUCAUUCAGUGUGGAUAUUGAAGUCAAUUUUAAUUUAGAAUUAACCGCUUAAGUGACGUCAUCCGGAUAUUGCAUCCCGUUGUGACGCCAUCACAAUGUCCAUCAAGAUGGAGACGUUCAGUCUCCGGCCAAAGUUUCUGCGAGAGGAGACGCUCCUAGAAGACCCUCCAAAGAAGUGCAUGGAGGCCCAGGACAUCAAGGUGAAGCUCUACCUGCGCGAGUGUGAGCGCCUGCGCGUAAUACCCGUGUCCGCGUUCCUGCGCGCGCCCAACAGCCGCGUGCUCAAACUCAAGCACUACAACAUGGGGCCAAACGGGGCACGGGCCCUAGCUGCAGCCCUUAUGAUUGACACAGUGGUGUCCUUUCUAGACCUGGAGGGAAACUUCAUCACAUCGGUGGGCUUGGCGAGCCUAAAGGAGGCCCUAUGCGAUCAAAACUACGUAACCUACCUCAAUAUCAGCGACAACAAACUUGGAAGUCGGGGAGCGGAGCUCAUUGGACGGAUGAUGCUUUCCAAUCACCACAUAGACACCCUGCACGCAAGCAGAAACGGUUUUACAGACGCUGACGCUUCCAUAUUUGCAAAUAUCAUUAAGGACAACCGAACUCUCAAGGAACUGGUCAUUUCCGGUAAUGAGUUUGAAGAGGGCGCCGGAUGUGCCUUAGGAGCGGCCCUGGCGUCAAGUGAAACUUUAGAAAAGUUGGACGUCAGCUGGAAUCACAUCCGGAAACGAGGAGCGCUUGAGUUUGCACAGGGCAUAAAGGAGAACGUAGGAUUACGGACGCUAGACGUGAGUUUUAACGGGUUCGGCACUGAGGGCACGGCGUACAUGGGCCAGGCGUUGACAACCAACAGGUCCUUACUGGAACUGGACAUGUCUAAAAACAGGAUCACGAAUAUCGACAUGAAAAUACUCGCUAAGCAGCUUGCGCAAAACGAUAACAUACAGGUGUUGCGGCUCGGUGACAACCUCAUUAACGCGCUGGGGGCCAUGGAUAUCCUGAGGGCCGUACUCGCCCUGGAAACAUCCUCGGUCCAGCUCAUAGACUUCGGGACGACGUGUGUGGACCAGGGAUUCCUCAAGCUGCUGGCGGAACUUCAGGAGCAGCGCCCCCACGUGAGGGUGAUCCAUGGCCGCGAGCAGAACGUCUACCUGGACGAGAGCAUGGCGCCCCCUGUCGAGAAUCCGGACCAGGCGCUGUCGGAGUUCUCCGGAGAGACGCCGGACGACGCCGUGGCGGAAUUCGAGAAAGCCGAUAAAGGGAGAACGUACGUUGUAGACGCAGACGAUAAUCGCGGAGAUGCGGUUGACAAUGAGACUUCCGGUGGGGAUGCCGACGCGGUGGGUGGUGGUGAAGGGAAAGAGGGGAUUGAAGGAGAGGCGACGGAGUUUAAUGAACACGAACUGGACGCGGAAGUGUCGGCGGUGACAGGCGAACCGGAUACGCAGGUGGCGCUCGUGGAUGCGCGCGACGGAGGAGUGACUGAGACGCCGGAUAUAUGAAAUCAUUAGAAUUGAAUGCUAGUAGUUGUGUAAUUAUGAAGAAGUUGCACAGCCAUAAAAUAUAAAAUUGCUCGCUAGUUUGCAACAUAUGUUCUUUGCAAGAACUAUUUUCCACUAACAAACAAAGAUUAUUAUGUAGAAAAAGUGUAUGCUUAGUGUGCCCAUACGUAUCCGUGUGUUAAAAGGAACAGUGAUAUAAAAAAUGCAAAACAUUUCCGAUAAGAUAGUAUGUUCCCGAGUUGCCAAAAGCGAUAGAUUUCUAGUUCUUAGUUUAGCACCGUUUAUUUCUUUUUUCAUCUCCAUGCCUUAAUGCAUGAAAUACAAUUGCUGAGAGAAAUACGACUAUGGAUGUCCACGUUAUAUUGAAAAGUCAUGUAUGUGUGUGCAUUUCACGGUUUGUGUAGGCAAAUACAUCCACCCCAUCCCACAUUGUAGUACAGUAGCUAGUUAUAAUAGUCAUGUUAUAGAAAACCUUAGUUUAAAACGGAAAAAAACUUUUACAAUUGGUCUGUGUAUACUAAUAAAUUGAAUCUGCAAAACUUCAUGUCAAAAUAGGGACCAAUUAGGGAUGUUUGAAUGUUUGACAUUCAAAAGUGUAGGAAUGCUUUAUCCGACAAGUUUCUGUCUACAAACGGACAGAAAGACGGACGGAUAUCCUUUCAUGGUGAAUACAGCUAAACUCCUCUAUUCGUAGAGAAUGGUAGAAGAGUUAAAUUCUUGUAAUACAUGUAUACAAAAUCAAAAUGUGAUCAAUAAACAUUGUCAUGUCA